GGGCGACAGCAUGAUGUCGUUCACGGAGACAUCUCAGCUGCUACAAAAGGAGCUCAUGAACGACUACAGCUACCGUGUUGAUGGAAUUCCCCCCAUGAACGACUCGCAGUAUGACUUCAAUCAUGUACAGUCCGGCCCUCCGCCGAGCGCCUACAUGCAGCGAACUGCGGCUGCAGGCGGGCGUGCCUCGGCGAUGCCUCAGAGCAGAGGAGGCUUUGGUCGCACGGAGACGGCUCGGCCAAUGACCUCCAACCGAGCAGCCGGCUACACAGCCGCGGGGAAGACCGGCGGCAGUAAGGUCUUUGACCCUUUAAACCAAGGGGACAAGGGCUCCAAGCCUCUGGAGAAAAAGACAGAGCUGUCGGCGGAAGAAAAGCUUCGGGAGAUGGAGAAAGAGAUCCACAGGUUGGUGGAAGAAAGCGCCAUCACCCGCGAGCGCGGGAAUCUGCGAGAAGCGUUGGAGAAGGGCAAAGAAGCCGGAAAGAAGGAGCGCCAGCUGUGCCGGCUACGGGAGCAGCAGAACCUGCUAGAUCAGCUGAACGUAGAUCUCACCUACGCCGUGUGCCUGAACCUUGCCAUUCAGCACCAGGCCAAUGACAAUGACAAUGAGGCCUUGACGAUCUACACCCAGAUCGUGAAGAACAAGCAGUAUCCCUUCAGCGGGCGCUUCCGCGUGAACAUGGGGAACAUCUACUUCAAGCAGGAGAAGUGGACGGCGGCCAUCAAAAUGUAUCGAAUGGCUUUAGACCAGAUCCCCAACAAUGUGCAGGCGAUCCGCUUCAAGAUCAUGCGCAACAUCGGUCAUGCAUUCUUCAAGAUGCACCAAUUCCCAGAUGCCAUCGACUCGUAUGAGAACCUCUUGAUGCACGGGGCGCAGCAUUUGGAUUUCAUGACCGGCUUCAACCUGAUCCUGUGCUACUACGCACUGGGGGACAAAGACAAGAUGAAGAGCGGCUUCUUGAAACUGCUGAACAUCGAGCAGGUGGGACUUGAGGAUUUCGACGAGGAGGAGGAGAUCGAGCUGGGUCAGACAGAGCAACAGAAACAGGAGAGCGCCACUCGCAACCUCACAGAGGGCGACGACGCCCUCCGCGAGGAUAUCAAGAGAAGACAGCGAGAAGCGGCCCGCUUCAUCGUGAACGCCGCCAACCUGAUCGCCCCAGUGAUCGAGAAGACGGAGGUGGCAGGCUAUGAUUGGGUCAUCGACUCGCUGAACCACCACGGCUUCCCCCGCAUCGGCUCGGAGCUGGAAAUCUCGAAGUCCUGUUUCUUUCUGCGGCGGAAGGAAUUCGAUCAGGCCAUCCAGGUGCUGAAGAAGUUUGAGCGGAAGGAGCCCUCGUUGAUGGCCUGCGCGGCCACGAACCUGUCCUUCCUCUACUUCCUGGAGGCAGAGCACGCCAACGCGGAGAAGUACGCGGACAUCGCAGUGAAGGCGGACCGCUACAAUGCAAGAGCGCUGGUGAACAAAGGAAACUGCAUGUUCAUGAACGACGAAUUCGAGAGGGCCAAAGAGGUCUACCUCGAGGCGAUCGGCGUGAGCGCGGAUUGUCUGGAGGCCAUCUACAACCUGGGCCUUGUGAACAUGCACAUUGGCAAGUACCAGGAGGCCUUGCUGGCCUUCGAUAAGCUCCACUCCAUCACCCAUGUAAAUUGCGAGGUGAUGUGGCAGCUUGGGGACAUCCACGAGAAGCUGGGGAAUCAUCCCAAGGCCCACGAGUGGUUCUCUCUCCUCGUGACGUCUCCCAAGGGCCGGUCGACUGAUCCAGGCGUGUUGGCGAGGCUGGCGAACCUGUUCAACAAGGCCGGGGACGAGACCCAGGCCUUCCACUACCACCUGGAGUCCUAUAGCAUGCACUUCAUCCAACACCUUCCGCAUGAAUGCAUCAAGCUGGAGCUCUCAUUGUGGUACUGGCCUGUGGACAUGAACGUCAUCACCUGGUUAGGCAUCUACUACGUGAAGCAGGAAAUGUACGAGGCUGCCAUCCCCUUCUUCUCCCGGGCUUCGCAGAUUGAGCCCAACGAGGUGAAGUGGAGGCUUAUGGUGGCCUCCUGCUACCGGCGCAUGGGUGCCUAUCCUGCCGCGCUGAAGCUCUAUGAGGAUAUCCACAAGUCGCACCCGAAUGACAUCGAGUGCGUCAGAUACCUCAUCACCAUCUGCAAGGAGAUGAAGCAGAAGUAUGAUCAUUACGCCGCCCACCUUCGGAAACUCGAGCGCCUGCAGGAGGCACAGAACGGCAGACCCAUGGCGACCGGGCAGAGCCAAGGCCUGGACGAUAGCCCGCGUGAUGAGGGCCGCAUGGGCGGUGGCUUCGGUGGGUCGCGAGGCCACUUCGACCAGGAUGAGGAUGAGCCGCCCCCUCCUCCGGAGCCCCCCCGGCCUCCGAUGGAGCUCUACGAGGCGGAGGCGGACCUGCCGCAGAAGGCCGCGCCAAAGCGGCGCUUGGCGGCGCCGAAAGCCACCGACGACGAUGAUGACUGGGGCAAUGACGACUUGGGAGACGUGCUGCCUCCCAUGUAAGGAUGGCCUGGCGCCAUGCACGCCCGGACAUCCUUGUACAGCCAGUCAGUGCCGCCAGGUGUUGGCUAACCGCAGACAUCGUCGCCGACCCAGCCCUGUAGGUAGUUUGCAGUUGAGAAUAGCAGGAAUUCGGCAAUGAGCCGCCAGUUGUUGCGCUUGUGGGGGAAUCCGUUCAAGUUGUU